AUGGCUUGGGCGUACACGCUAGCCCUACUCUUUUUCUCCGCUCUAGUCGCUGCUAAGGACCUGUACAAGAUCCUAGACAUACACCCUUCUGCCUCGAAAACGGAUGUCAGGCAUGCGUACAAGAAACUGAGCCGGAAAUAUCAUCCCGACAAGAACCAAGAUCCCGCUGCGAAAGACAAAUUCGUGGACAUCGCGUACGCAUAUGAAGUAUUAUCGGAUGAAGAAAAACGCCAAGUCUAUGACCGGCAUGGCGAGGAAGGUCUCAAAGCUCACGAGGGUGGGCAGACCCAACAUGCUAAUCCUUUUGACAUGUUCUCCAACUUCUUUGGUGGCGGAUAUGCUUCUCAGCAAACACGUCGGGGACCCACCUCCCUCACAGAAUUCGAAGUUGAACUCGCGGAUAUUUACAAAGGCGCAAGUAUAGACUUCAUGAUAAAGAAACGUAUUCUUUGCGACCAUUGUAGAGGCUCCGGCGCUGCUUCAGAUAAAGAUAUACAUACCUGUUCUGGAUGUGGGGGCUCUGGGGUGAAACUCGUCAAACAACAGAUCUUCCCCGGAAUGUUUGCCCAAAGUCAAACAACUUGUAAUGAAUGUGGAGGCCGCGGAAAAAUCAUUCACAAGAAGUGCCCUCACUGCGACGGUAUGAAAGUAGUAGAUUAUACAGCACACUAUACGCUGGAAGUGAUUCCCGGAAUGCCUGAAGGCCAUGAGGUUGUCUUUGAAGGAGAAGGGGAUGAAAGUCCUGACUGGGAAGCUGGAGACGUCAUACUUAGAGUGCGUAGCAGGAGGGAUAAAGGCAGUUGGAGGAGGAAAGAGAGCAGUCUAUAUUGGAGAGAGACCAUCGGUAUAGAUGAGGCACUGCUUGGGUUCGAUAGAAAUUUGACGCAUCUAGAUGGACAUGAAGUUAGAUUGAUACGAAAAGGACCGACACAGCCUGGCUUUGUGCAAAAAAUCGAAGGUGAAGGGAUGCCGUUGUUUGAAAAUCGUAACCUCCACGGUGAUUUGUUUGUCGAGUACAAUGUGGUGCUCCCCAUCGAACUUUCACCGCAACAAAGACGCAAGUUAUCCGAAGCGUUCCAAACAGAGUCCAAUCACGAUGAAUUAUAGAACCAGAACAUGCAUAGCUUGGGUAAAACCGUUAUUUAUAAUCUUAUUUCGUUAGUGUAUAAGCUUCGCUGUUGCUUUAUCAUACAACGGGACAAUUAAGUCUUGAACACAGCAGGUAUAUCCUUGUGAUAUCUUAUGCCUGGAAGUAAACGGGUGCCUAGUUCGCGAAAUUCUUUCGGGAUAUCUCUCUGUGUUCAAGUUCGGGCUCUGAAGAAUGAUAAAUAUUCGAAACAAUAUGUACAUGAUUGUUACCUUGUGCAAAAGUCGUUUAUUUAACCCAAUCAACAUGUACUAACGACAAUCCAAACUCCAGCUGUGCAAAUUUUCAACAUCAUCCACUCAAUCGCCUGAACAAACUGAUAUCAACUCACCUGCUCCACCUGGGGUAUCGUUUUCG